UUCCACAGUCUUUCAUGUAAAAAUGAAAAGCUUCGUACCUUCAAAGCCUAUCAUUAUUGUUGUUUAUGUUGCUUUGUUUUCUGCAAAUUUUCUAACAAACACAUAUGCAGCACCUAAACUAAUAGAAAAAACAUGUAAAGCAACAUCUCACUAUGAUCUCUGUGUCAAGACUCUACAAUCGGAGCCCGGAAGUUCGAGAGCUGACGUUAAAGGGCUGGCGUAUAUUGCAGCCAGGGCACUUUUUAAUCAAGGGAUGGCUACUUGGCAUAAAAUUUAUGAAAUGGUUCAGAAGACCAAAGAUCUGGACACUUGCCUGAAAGCAUACACCACCAUAACAGUUGAUGAUAUGAACCAAGCCUUUUCAGGUUUAACUACAGGAAAUCCCAAAAAGGCCAUAAAUGGUUUCUCUGAUGUACCUGAACAGACUGAAAAAUGUGAAAAGAGCUUUAGAAAAUCACCAUUUACAAGUGACAAUAAGCUUGUAAAUGAUCUCGCUGAGGUGGUUAUAGCUAUUGUCAAAAAUUUCCUGUAAAACUGAGGUAUUCAAAAUUUGCAGCAGGAAAGAAAUUUAAUUAGAAGGAAUUUUUCAA